UGUGAAUCUGCAGGGCUGCUCGGCGACACAAUCGGAGACAUGCACAGGACGGACAACAGCCGAGGACGCGCUCUGAGAAGUGGAGAAUAAAAGGCACAAAGCGAGGCUUCUGCCGAGGAACAAACCAAAGAGACAAGAGCGCAGAGUGCUGAUGCACAAGAGAGAACAAAAAUCUCAGUUAAAGCUCCACAUGCUGCUGCAAACUCGUUCUCUGGGAGUUUGAGGGAGUUUGAAGACAGUACUUAACGUUAUCAGAUAAUUAAUUAGACACCCCAUAAGCCCGGAAAUCAAUUAAUUCACAAAUCAAUAAAUCCAUAGUCUGGUGUAACAAGAGACCUUCCAGACUAGCUAGCGCUGCUGUUGAACAACAAUAACAAGAGAAGAGCAACAACAACACAGAGCAAGAAGUGCACAUUUAUUUGCUGAAAUUGAAGAUGGAUGGGAGUCUAGGGGAGAUGUCCCUCCACAGCCACCCAGAUCUGGCUCACAGCCAGGACGGCAGGGCCAUGCUGCACUCGCGGGACCUUUCAGCUGCUUUCCCCAGGCCUUCCCUCGGGGGACCCUCCAUGUCCCUGGAGCCCGAGCACCGUCCAGCAGGCUUCGACCACACCAUGUCUGCGUUGGGCUACAGCGGCGACUCCCCAUCCAGCUCUGGAAGCACCUACACCACCUUGACGCCCCUGCAGCCAUUUGAUGACAAGUUCCACCACCACCAUCACCACCCAUGCCUCCCCGUUAGCAACGUCAUUGGCAGCUUCACACUCAUGCGAGAAGACCGGGCACACCUCAGCACCAACUUCUACAACCCUUAUGGUAAAGAUCUCGCCAUGUCCCAAAGCCUCUCACCCCCCUCCACAGGGUCAGGCUUGGGUUCCUCCAUGCACGGCUACGGCAGCCCUAACAGCAAUGGCGGCCAGAUGCUCCACGGCGGCUAUGACGUCCACAGCGGGAGCCUCUUCUGCCGGACGUCAGAUUUCGCCCGGGAGAUGUCGCCACCAGGCCUUGGAGGGGGCGACGUGCCAGUGGGGCAUCAGCUGAACAAAAUGGAGGCUCACCAGCACCCACCAAGCCACCACCCUCACCUCUACAGCCAGCACUACCAGCCACACCAUCACCCAAGCCAGCAGGCCUCCAAGAUGUCCGAGCACCUGCACUCCUCAUCCUCCGCCUCAUCCUCACCUGGAGAGGGCAUGCUGCCGGGCGGUGGAGGCGGCGGCGCCGGAGAGGAGAUCAACACCCGGGACGUGGCCCAGAGGAUCAUCACCGAGCUUAAGAGGUACAGCAUCCCCCAGGCCAUCUUUGCCGAGAGGGUGCUGUGUAGGUCACAGGGUACGCUGUCUGACCUCCUGAGGAACCCCAAGCCCUGGGGCAAGCUCAAGUCCGGCCGCGAGACCUUUAAGAGGAUGUCCCGCUGGCUGCAGGAGCCCGAGUUUCAAAGGAUGGCCUCGCUCCGGCUAGAGGCCUGCAAGCGGAAGGAGCAGGAGCAGAGCAAGCUGGAACGCAACCAGGGCCCGAAGCGCACCAGGCUGGUAUUCACGGACCUGCAGCGGCGCACACUCCUGGCCAUCUUCAGGGAGAACCAUCGCCCGACCAAAGAGCUGCAGGUCACCAUCUCCCAGCAGCUUGGCCUGGAGCUCUCCACUGUCAGCAACUUCUUCAUGAACGCCCGCCGACGCAACCUCAACAAGUGGGCAGACGAGGGCCGUCCCUCCUCCACGGGUUCCUCGGGCUCCAGUGUUUCCUCCUCCGCAGUGUCCUGCACCACGGCAUGA